AUGGCAAGCUCUAUUGGAUCAAGCGUAAAUAGCGACAACCAAGCACGAACCUCUGUCUCUGGCCUCAAAUUCGGGCCAGAUUGGAUGCGCAACCCGCCGCAGCAACAAGAGUCGAUUCCCCAGCGUCAAUUUGCUUUAGCUCGGAAUCGGUAUGGGAGAGAAGAAAUGCUCCAGAUUUUUGAUCAAAUCAAUACAAAUAAAUCUGAAAUUGCUGCACCAGACGAAUUGAGCCAGAUGCCUGCGGACUUUCCAGAAAUGGUUGAAAACUUUCAGCAACCAGUGGCGUAUACUUCGCCAGCAAACGAGCGCCGUGUAGAGAUGCCUCGUGACAACGCACAAGCGAACGCGAUUGGAAUCGGCAAUGGGCCACGACAACAAGGAGGAGGCGCUGGUAGAGGAGUGCGCCAGUUCCCAAGCUCGAACAGGACUGGCACCGACUGGGGCCAGCCACGAUCGCGCAUUGGAUCCAGCCGAUCGGACUUGUCCGACAAUUGGCGGGGCGACCGUGAUCCAAAGCCCGAGCCCAACGACAACGACGGGUGGAGCAAAGCGGGCCAACCUCGCUCCCAAGAGCCAAGCAAGGCUGUUUGGAAACGAAAAGGCGCGCAGCAGCAACAGCAGCAGCAAGCCUCGCGCGCUCCUGAAUGGAUGUUUGACUCGAAUGACGGGGCGGGCGGCUUCGAUGGAUCGGGCAACUUCACCGAGGGCGACCUUCCUUCGUCCGGACAUCCUGAUGGCCAGCCCGACGCGCUCUCUGAUGCGGCUUCUCGGCAAUCCGCUGAAGAGCGAGGAGGAGGAGCUGGCCGUGCGGACUCUUUUGAUCAGCCCGGAGCGAACAAGAAGAGCCCCUCACCUCCUGAGCCCGAGCCCUCUCGAAUCGACGACAAGGCUCCUAUUCUCCGAGCUCAAGAGUCUUACCAAGCGGCUCAAGCUUCUGAAGCUGCUGCUGAUCCUCGCCGAUCUGGUCCUCCUGGAAUCACUCCGGCUGGCGAGGAGGCUUGGAUCCAAGUUCCGACUAUGCAAUGGUUCUACAAGGAUCCAAAUGGCACUGUUCAAGGCCCCUUCCCGGCGGAUGACAUGUUCGAGUGGAAUUCCAUGGGUUACUUCAAGGAUGACCUGCUCGUUCGGCGAUCGAUUGACCGGGAGUUUUCGACUUUGGGGAAGACGCUCGCUCGUUACGGAACCGAUCCGUUCAAGGCAACGAAGCAUCCGCCAACACUGAAGCCUAAGGAGGUCCCUGUUUCUGCUCCUACCCCUCCUCAACAGCAAGCACCAGCAGCGGCAGCAGUUCCUCCUGCUUCGCAACAACCGGUGGCUGCUCCCCUGCUGCUGCAGCGCCAAUGGCCCAAGCCGGGCUGCAAUCGAUCGCUCCUGCUCCGCAACAGGAUCCGAUCCAUCAAGUUAUUUUCCUGA